ACUGGGAUGAUGUAGUUUCAUUAGCACACUAAUCCUCUUGUCCUCCUUGUGCACAAUAAAGGAUGAAUGGCCUCUCUCUCAGUGAGCUCUGCUGCCUCUUCUGCUGCCCACCCUGCCCCAGCCGCAUUGCAGCCAAACUCGCCUUCCUGCCCCCUGAGCCCACAUACACCUUUCUCCCAGACCCAGAGGCAGGCCCCAAUGCUCCAGGGGGAACAGGGACAUCCAGCCUGCGGGUGCGUAGUGGUGCUUCAGUGGCUGGAGGUGCAGGGGCUGGGGCUGUAGAGGGAAGAUGGAAGCUCCACCUGACAGAGCGAGCAGAGUUUCAGUACUCCCAGAGAGAACUGGACACAACUGAGGUGUUUCUCACUCGCUCCAGCCGAGGGAACAGGGUCGGCUGCAUGUAUAUUCGCUGUGUUCCUAGUGCCAGGUUUACAGUGCUUUUCUCCCAUGGUAAUGCGGUGGACCUGGGCCAGAUGAGCAGUUUCUACAUCGGUCUCGGCACCCGCAUCAACUGCAACAUCUUUUCCUAUGACUACUCAGGAUACGGCGUCAGCACUGGCAAGCCCACUGAGAAGAACCUCUAUGCAGACAUAGAUGCUGCUUGGCACGCCCUGCGCACACGGUAUGGCAUCAGCCCAGAGAAUAUCAUCCUGUAUGGACAGAGCAUUGGUACAGUUCCCACUGUAGACCUGGCAUCACGGUAUGAGUGUGCUGCAGUGGUCCUUCACUCACCUCUAACGUCAGGCAUGAGAGUGGCCUUUCCUGACACAAAGAAAACCUACUGCUUCGACGCUUUCCCCAACAUUGAGAAAGUGUCCAAAAUCACAUCUCCGGUGCUCAUCAUUCAUGGGACAGAGGACGAGGUGAUCGACUUCUCACACGGCCUUGCUCUGUUCGAGCGCUGCCCCAAAGCCGUGGAGCCUCUCUGGGUGGAAGGUGCGGGACACAACGACAUUGAAUUGUACAGCCAGUAUCUGGAGCGCCUGCGCCGUUUCAUUGGACAGGAGUUGGCAGUACAGCACGCCUGACCCUCCCAUUUUACAACUACCACCGGCAUCAACGUCAUUAUUACCAAGCCUCAACUCUCUGUGUCCAAAUUGGAAACAUCUCCAAGAUUAAUUUUUACCCUUCCCCAACCUACCACUGCACUGUAUUUGCUCUAAGGUUUUCAAGGGGGGGUGCGCAGUAUGCCUUGAAUGGACCCAGAGGAAAAUGGAUGAACAUUCAUGAACAUCAGAUGUGCGUGAGUGUGAAAGACUUUGUCACUCACUACAUUCAGACUGUUUAAACAGCAAAUAUAUUCCUUAACUGUGCAAUAAUAAGGACAAUGACUACAGGAAAAGGACAUCUGUUGAAAUUGAAUGAAAAGAAGAUUGAACAGAACAACAAACUUCUACUUAUACUACUUAUGUAGGUUGAUAACAGUGAGGUUCAGACAGCAAGUUUCACUCGAUUUUUCCACCCUAACCGUGUGUUUCACUUCAUUCCUGCUGUUAAUCCAUGAUAAAUGGAUAAGGAUGUUGAUGUUGGGGAAUAUUUUGGUUUUCUAAUAACCUUUUAAAACAAAAAAGCAACCAAGUUCUCUGCAUUGAGUCACCAGUUUUUAUUAGAUACACUUGUACAAUCUAAUGCAACCCAGUACUAAAAUGCAGUUUUAUGAAGCUUAUAAAGUUCAAUAAAUCAACUAUAUGAUAAUUUUCUAGUAAGUGGUAGUUGUGUAUUGGACUGCAUUAUAUUGAGAAUGGU